AUGUUAGUAAACAAAACAUGGUAUAAAGAAGGAUGUCGACGAUUACAUAUAGAUCGAGAUGACAUAAUGGAAUGGUUAAAAUUAAAAAGGAUCAAUAAAUUGGGUAGCUUUAUAAGAUGUCAAAAUCUUGAUAGGUUAGAUGAAUAUGAUGACAACAUAUUUUUUAUUCGAAUAUUAACAACCAAAACUGUUUGA